CAUUGUAACUUUUCCCAGCAAGUUCCUGUGUGGCAGAUACGGGUAAGAGGAUGGCUGAGAGUGCCCCGGGGGGUAUUACAUCAGACCCAAUGACAAUGAUUCCAAUCUGCUCUCCUUUCCUCUUCCCCCUGUCUCUCCCCGGCUGCAGCCACAAGCCCCGGCGAUAUCCGAGCCGCUAUCCUGCAGCUGCUCCGGUAGGGGCUUUAAGGAGAGAGCGGGGGGCGGCCGGGGCUCUGGGAUUUGCCCCCUCCUGUUGUAAUUGAAAGCGGAGGAUGUCAUGUGGCGGCUCCGGGACAUUUAACUGCAGCUGAUCGGAGCCCCGCGGGCGAGAGCCGAGCAGAGCCGAGUGCGGGCUGCACACCCCCGGAUACCGGCUACGGAGCCUGCCGCUCAGCUCGGGGGACACAGGGGACAUCUGCCCCGGACCCAGCAGGCAAGCAGCAUGUCUCGGCUGUCGCUGACUCGCUCGCCCGUCUCUCCGCUGGCUUCCCAAGGAAUACCUCUCCCGGCGCAGCUCACCAAGUCCAACGCGCCGGUGCACAUCGAUGUGGGGGGCCACAUGUACACGAGCAGCUUGGCCACCCUCACCAAAUACCCCGACUCCAGAAUAAGCCGGCUGUUUAACGGCACGGAACCCAUCGUCUUGGACAGUUUGAAACAACAUUAUUUCAUCGAUCGAGACGGGGAGAUUUUCCGGUACAUUUUAAGCUUUCUACGGACUUCCAAGCUGCUUCUCCCCGAGGACUUCAAGGAGUUCAGCCUCUUAUAUGAAGAAGCCAAGUAUUACCAGCUCCAUCCCAUGGUCAAGGAGCUGGAGCGGUGGAAGCAGGACAAGGAGCACCGGAAGCACUUCCAGCCGUGCGACUGUCUGGUUGUGCGAGUGACCCCCGACCUCGGAGAGCGGAUCGCGCUGAGCGGGGAGAAGGCGUUAAUAGAAGAGAUCUUUCCGGAAACCGGAGAUGUCAUGUGUAACUCCGUAAACGCCGGAUGGAACCAGGACCCUACCCACGUCAUUCGGUUUCCACUCAACGGCUACUGCAGGUUAAACUCCGUCCAGGUCCUCGAGAGACUGUUCCAGAAGGGGUUUCACGUGGCUGCUUCGUGCGGCGGCGGAGUCGACUCCUCGCAGUUUAGUGAAUAUGUUCUGUGCAGAGAGGACAGGCGAGUCCAGCCCAACAUGAUGAGGAUAAAACAGGAGCCCCUGGACUGACGCGGCGCGCGCCGACUCUAACCAGACGGGGGAGUCCGCGACGUAACACCGCCAACAUCCGCUAACCAGUAUUAAGACUUUCCGGCGCCGCGCAGGAGGACCAGCCUCUCCCGGCGAGCACUGACAUUCCCACUGCCGCGGCCGUCCCGUCCCGCGUCGGAUCACAACCAGUGACGGCCCCCCGGGGACCUGCGCAAGAUUUACAGCCAAUUCCGCGGACUUUUUUAGGACUUUUUAGGACUUCAGGACUUUCCUGCAGGGAUUUGGUAUUAGGCAUACAAAGCUUUUUCCCCAUCAUGCACGGCAGUGAGGACAGCGAAGACAUAAUAAUGGCGGCCGGGCGAAUGGUCCCGAGUACCAGGGAACUGACCCGUGACAACCUUAUCGGCAUCCCAGACAUGACUCC